CUUGUGUACACACCCAUACUAUGCUGUGUGAUUUCCUGUAGCAGCCACUCACAGAUCUCCCUAGUGUUUAUGUCUGCUUUAGUAUUAAUGUAUUGGUUUACAGGAAGACGGAGAUCUGAAAGACGAUGUCUGCAGAACUUCCUUUCAACAUCAAUAUCAAAGAACCACGAUGGGAUCAGAGUACGUUCGAAGGAAGAGCCAAGCAUUUCUUCAUGGUGACUGAUCCACGAAAUAUCUUACUUGGUUCGAAAGUCUUAGAUGAAGCAAAGAACAUUGUACAGAAUUACAGAAUGGGAAUACCCACUCCAGGACUAACUGAAGACCAGCUAUGGCGAGCAAAAUACAUCUAUGACUCUGCUUUCCAUCCCGAUACAGGAGAGAAGAUGAUGUUGAUAGGACGAAUGUCUGCACAGGUGCCCAUGAACAUGACAAUAACAGGCUGCAUGCUGACGUUUUACAGAACAACUCCUACUGUCAUAUUUUGGCAGUGGAUUAAUCAGUCGUUUAAUGCCGUUGUGAAUUACACUAACAGGAGUGGAGAUGCCCCCAUCACAAAUAGUCAAUUGGGGACGGCAUAUGUCAGUGCGACCACGGGUGCUGUCGUUACUGCUUUGGGACUCAAAUCACUGACCAAGCAUCUACCAUCACUAAUUGGGAGAUUUGUCCCCUUUGCUGCAGUUGCAGCUGCCAAUUGCAUCAACAUCCCAUUAAUGAGGCAAAGAGAGCUGAAGUGUGGGAUACCUAUCACAGAUGAAAAUGGAAAUCGCCUUGGCGAGUCCACUAAAGCUGCUCAGCAAGCCAUAGCACAGGUGGUGGUAUCCCGGAUUGGCAUGGCCGCACCUGCCAUGGCGAUUCCCCCACUGAUAAUGAACAUUUUGGAGAAGAGAGCCUUUCUAAAGCGCUAUCCAUUGAUGAAUGCACCGCUACAAGUCGGGUUGGUUGGAUUUUGCUUGGUUUUUGCAACACCACUGUGCUGUGCACUUUUCCCCCAGAAAAGCUCAAUAAGUGUGUCCAGCCUAGAACCUGAGUUACAAGCCCAGAUUCUGGAGAAAAGCCCUGGAACUAAAGUUGUGUAUUUUAACAAAGGACUAUAAUCAGGAUGAGCAAUAUCUAGUCCUGUUACUCAGGGUACAAAUGAUCACAUGUUUUAUACCCUUAAUCAGCUGCUAAUACACGUUGUAUUUCUA